AAAGCUCUCUCUCUCCCUCUCUCUCCUAUAAAAUCCUUUGCAAAAGAGUGUUGCAACUAAACGCCCACAAUAAAACAUUCACAAUGUCUCACGUAGCACCUUCUAGCAUGUCACGGCGAGGAAAAAGCUCCGCCGAUGACAGCCUCAUCCCAGUCUUUAGCCCUACCCACCAACUGGAGCUCCAAAAGUACCCUAGAACUUCCAAAACCUCCGUCUCUCUCACCCUUGCAGAGCUCCUUAAACGUGUUGAAGACGCUCACACUGACCAUUCCAAUUGCAGCACUCCUACCCGUCAUCAACCUAUGAACCUCGGUUAUGCUUGUAGCUCUGUGUCCCCUUCAAAUCCUUUUGUUCUUUCUUUUAAUAACUUAUCAUACAAUGUCAAAGUUGGCCAGAAAAUGAUUCUUCCAUUUUGUGCCAACGAUUCCUUUGAUUCUCCGGAGACAGGCAUCAAGGUUUUGUUGAAUGAUAUAUCUGGAGAAGCCAGGGAAGGGGAAAUCAUGGCCGUUCUUGGGGCCAGUGGAUCUGGUAAAUCAACGUUUAUCGAUGCCCUUGCAGACCGGAUUUCGAAAGAGAGCUUGAAAGGGUCUGUGACUUUGAAUGGUGAGGUAUUGGAGUCAAGGCUGUUGAAAGUGAUUUCUGCUUAUGUUAUGCAAGAUGAUCUUUUGUUUCCUAUGUUAACUGUUGAAGAGACGCUAAUGUUCUCCGCUGAGUUCAGGCUUCCUCGUUCCCUCUCCAAGUCCAAAAAGAAAGCGAGAGUUGAGGCCUUGAUCGAUCAAUUAGGCCUACGCAACGCGGCACAGACUGUGAUUGGAGAUGAAGGGCACAGAGGCGUUUCUGGAGGUGAAAGAAGGCGAGUUUCUAUUGGGAUGGACAUAGUUCACGACCCAAUUCUUUUGUUUCUUGAUGAGCCAACCUCUGGACUUGACUCCACCAGUGCUUUUAUGGUUGUUAAGGUGUUGCAGCGAAUUGCACAAAGUGGUAGCAUUGUGAUCAUGUCCAUUCACCAGCCAAGUUACCGAAUCGUGAGCUUACUUGACCGCUUGAUCUUCCUUUCACAUGGUCAAACGGUGUAUGCUGGUCCACCAGGUAUUCUUCCAGAAUUCUUUGCAGAGUUCGGGCAUCCAAUUCCUGAGAAUGAAAACCGAACUGAGUUUGCUCUAGAUUUGUUUCGAGAGCUUGAAGAAAUUCCAGGCGGAACCAGGACCUUAGUUGAAUUCAACAGGUCAUGGCAAGCCCAAAGCAUGAAAAAUCCAAGAAACCGUGCCUGCAAUUCAUCAAAGCUUUCCCUUAAAGAUGCAAUAAGCGCAAGCAUUUCCAAAGGCAAACUUGUCUCUGGCGCCACAAAUGAUUCCAACUUGUCAUCUUCAGUCCCAACAUUUGCCAAUCCAUUUUGGAUUGAAAUGUUAGUGUUAGCGAAAAGAUUACUUACCAACUCGAGAAGAAUGCCUGAAUUGUUCGGAAUUCGCUUCGGUGCGGUUUUCCUUACAGGACUGAUCUUGGCUUCCAUUUUUUGGCAUCUGGACAACUCUCCAAGAGGUGCCCAAGAAAGAUUAGGCUUUUUCGCUUUUGCUAUGUCCACAACUUACUACACAUGCGCAGAAUCCAUCCCUGCCUUUGUCCAGGAACGUUACAUUUUCAUGAGAGAAACUGCGUAUAAUGCUUAUCGCCGCUCAUCCUAUGUUCUUGCUCACUCUCUAAUUUCCAUUCCCUCUCUAAUUGUACUCUCUAUUGCCUUUGCCGCUACGACCUACUGGACAGUAGGGCUUGCGGGUGGAGCUUCCGGGUUCUUUUUCUUCUUCUUCACAGUCUUAUCAGCAUUCUGGGCAGGAAGUUCAUUCGUUACGUUCCUCUCAGGCAUUGUCUCUCACGUAAUGCUAGGCUUCACAAUUGUGGUUGCCAUUUUAGCAUACUUUCUUCUCUUCAGCGGAUUCUUCAUUUCUCGGGAUCGAAUUCCUCCUUACUGGAUAUGGUUUCACUAUCUCUCUCUGGUGAAAUAUCCAUAUGAAGGAGCUCUACAAAGUGAGUUUCAAGAUCCCACAAAAUGCUUUGUAAGGGGCGUACAAAUGUUUGAUAACACACCGCUCAACGCAGUGCCAGUGGCGCUAAAACUCAAACUGUUGCAGAACCUGAGCAACACCUUGGGCAGGAAUAUUACAGGCAGCACUUGCAUAGUCACUGGACCAGAUAUACUAAGGGGACAAGGCAUUACAGACAUAAGCAAAUGGAGCUGCCUAUGGAUCACCAUUGCUUGGGGAUUUUUCUUCAGGGUCUUGUUUUACUUUACUUUGUUGUUGGGAAGCAAGAACAAGAGGAGGUGAAUAAAGAUUUAUGAUUUUUUUUUUUUCUGGGAAUUAAGCUGAUUUUCCUGGCAAUUGUAGAUUUGAGUUUAUUAUUUGCUUGAGGUGGGGUUUCACUAAUCAUUAUUAGUUAAUGGGAUUUGGCUUCUGUGUAAGAUAUUAAUCUACGUAUACUAAUUGCUUUCCUCUUC